AGGGGUCUUUUCUGCUCAUGUCACCACAUAAAACUAUCAGAUGGUUAGAGGAAGGACAUGGAGGCAGCAACUUAGCUCAUCUUGUCAAGAAAAGGAGAAGAGAUCUGCCCUAUUCAGUUGGCUUGUGGGAAAAAAGAAGCUUACUGCCGCUUGCUUAAGUAAAGAUCAGAGCUCAGAAAAUGAGACUGUUUUCUUAGGACUGCUUACAAGACCUACAGCAUCCACGCUCUGGACUGCCUUUCUGUAAACACAGAGCAGGAUAUUUUUCGCCGAACUUUUAACAAGUUUUACACCGGGAGAAACUAUUUAUUUACUUUAAAAAAAACCGUCAGGUUAUUAUUUGGUAAUUCGAACUAAUUCCGGAAGUUGCAUAAUACGCAAGCACCUCUAAUUCCACGCUGAAUCUGUAUUUUAAUGAAACUUCGCAAGGCUGAAAAGAUUCCAUCGUCAGACCAGACUCGGAUACUGCUGUUGCUCUGAAACCAGACGUCUUCGGCAGAGUUAAGAAAAAAGUACUCACACGGAGAAGAUGCCUCGCCCGGGGAGAAAUACGUACAGUGAUCAGAAGCCACCUUAUUCGUACAUAUCUCUGACUGCCAUGGCCAUACAGAGUUCGCAAGAGAAAAUGCUCCCCCUCAGCGAAAUCUACAAGUUUAUCAUGGACAGAUUCCCGUAUUACAGGGAAAACACUCAGAGGUGGCAGAAUUCUUUAAGACACAACCUGUCCUUCAACGACUGCUUUAUAAAGAUACCAAGGAGGCCGGACCAGCCGGGUAAGGGUAGUUUUUGGGCACUUCAUCCCAGCUGUGGCGACAUGUUCGAGAAUGGAAGUUUCUUAAGGCGACGUAAACGCUUUAAGAUAAUGCUAUCAGAUCACCUGGCACCAUCCAAGCAAUCCGAUGCUGCCCAUUACCUACAGCAGCAGGCUAAACUGAGACUGAGUGCAUUGGCAGCGACUGGUACCCACCUGCCCCAGAUGUCCUCUUACAACGUCGGGCUGUCGCAGCCGUCCACAUUCAAACACCCGUUUGCCAUCGAGAACAUCAUCGCCAGAGAGUACAAGAUGCCAGCAGGACUGACAUUUUCUGCCAUGCAAUCCAUGUCAGCUGGUUACCCGCUGCACAACCAAUUGACCAGUGCCUGGCCCCACAUGUACAGCACCAGCGUGAUAGACACAGCAGCACCCAUUUCAAUGGCCACCAAUGAUUACAGUGCCUACGGGAUGCCCAUCAAGCCCCUUUGCCACGGAGGACAGACUUUACCGGCCAUCCCGGUACCGAUCAAACCUACCGCGGCUGCAGUUCCAGGUCUGUCGGGUCUGCCUCUACCUAUCCCCGCGAUCUUUUCGAACUGUCCUCUGUCUCUCAGCCCCACAUCCCCACAAACAGCAACCAGCCAAAGCAGUCCAGCUACCCCAAGCGAGACUCUAACAAACCCCACUUCAGCAUUGCAGUCUGUGGCAGUACACUGACACGGGCGGAUCAUCAGGACUUUAAAACCACAGGUUUUUACCAAUUCCAAAGUUUUUCUCUUUGAAAACAAAACAAAAAAAGUUAUAUAAAAUCGCUCGGGCAAGGGAAUUGAGAG